AUGGCGAAGGAUGAUGGCUUUGUCCCUGAUCCUUGUAAACUUGUCCACUGCCUCUGCGGUCGUCGUUGUUGCUGGUUUGUCUCGAUCCUUGACGUUACUCGUCGUCCAGCUGGUGUUGAGGGCCUUUCCCCUAUGAACGUCUCGUCAACUUAUGGUGUCUUCUUACUGAUGUGCGAGUUGAACUUGGUGUUGUAUAGCGUGUACAAGCUGCUCUCGUUGGCGCGUGUUCCGCACUACUGGCAGUGGGCUCCCGGCGCUGACGUUGUGGUGGAGUCGUCAGUUUCUCUAAGAUGCUCUCAAUGCUCUAUAGAUGUUGUACAUGUGAAGCUGGCGUACAAAUAA